AUGGCUCAUCGUAUUGUCUCCCAAGUCGUCGUUACCGGAGCCCGGGUCUUCGGCCGCGCCUUCGCCGAGGCCUACAAGCAAGCCCAGGCCGCUGGCAAACAUAACGCCGGCAAGAAAGGUAGCGGUGCCUUUUCUUCUUCCUCCGGAGUCACCCUCGAUGAGGCCUGCAAAAUCCUGAACAUCAAGCAGCCUACGGCCGCUGGUGAGGCCAACCUCGAGCAAGUCAUGGAACGAUUCAAGAAACUCUUCGACCUGAACGAUCCCCAGAAUGGCGGCAGUUUCUAUCUGCAGAGUAAGAUUCUGCGCGCGCGCCAACGGAUAGAGAUGGAAAUUCAACAGGCGGAGCGAAAGGCCGCCACCGAGCAGGAAUUGAGUGAAGGCUGGAAACCCAAGGUCUACAAGGACCGGUGA